AUGGCGUUUCGUUAUAGAGCUGCAAGGUCUUUGUCUUAUGUCGCCAGGAUUUGUAAUAGAUCUCCUCAAGCAAUCUACACUAGCCAAAAGUGGCUUUGUUCAGCGCCCGCAGGCUCGAGUCUCGACGAACCAGGUAUGAAAGAUUGUUCUUUUCAAGUGUAAGUUUAUCUUAAAACCGUAAAAUACAAAGCUGUGUAUUUCAUAGUAGUGGAAACAUUCGGUGGAAUAUAAAAUAUUUCUGACUUAUUGGUAUGUUAUUCGUUCGUGCGUUGCCACAUUAUCGUGUUUGUUGGCAGCUUAAUGAUGUGCAAUGAAAUCUAUAUGUCACGCAAUGAAGAAAAAAGUACUCAACAACCAUAACGUUUACGUUUAUUCAAAUAAUCCACAAAAGCAUAGCCAUCACGUGGAUGGAAAUUAAACUUAACUCUAAACUCCAGUUUCUCGUUUAUGAGGGUAAAGGUGAUUGUUGGUAAGAUUAUUAGACGUAUAACCUGUGCGUACAUUGCAGAUGCCAUCUUGCUUUGUAAAUUCUUAUGGUGAUUGUGGAUUACCUUUGAAUUAAACCAUGAUCAUAACGUAAACAAGUGUAUGUAAAGGCUGGUUUUCACCAACGACGGAAUCGGAGUCAGAAUCAAAUCUGACCUUGCUUAUAUGUUCUAUCACUGAUAUUAUCUGAGAUUUUAUUCCUCUCUUUACUGCUGCCAAUUAUUUCAACAUGACGGUGUCCAACAUGAAAGCUCUUGCCACUUUGGACACUGUACACAAAUGAACUUAAUGUCUUUUAGUUGAUUAUUAUUUGUCAGCUACUUUAUUUUCCUACCUACGUACACUUAUGUAAAUAUCUUAUAUAGUGUGAAAUAAAGAAUUGAAUUGAAUUGAAUCAUCAGCAAAGGCAUAAAGAGCGCUUAUGACUUAGUGAAAAUCAAAAAUCAGAGUUGUAAGUGGAGUCAUAAGUGCGAUGGAAUUGGAGUUGGAAAAAUCAGAACGUUUCCAUUUUCUUAUGACUCUGCUUAUGACUCCAUUGUUUAUGAUCUAGUGAAAACCAGAUUGUUGGAGUCGGAAGCAGAAGUGGAAGAAUAAACAUAUCACAAUGCUUAUUCCCUGCUUUGUGAUUGGUUUUGUUCAUCCGCUUCUGCUUGUGACUUUGACAAAACUAGUUUUUACUUAUUGUUGUAGUCAACAGAGUUGUAAGUAGAAUCAGAAUGCUCUUUUCACUAAAUCGUAAAGCUCUGUGCUUCUGACUACAACUCCAACUGACUCCAUUUCUAGUGAAAACCAGCCUCAAAGAAGAUUUUAAUUAAAAAUUUGAUCAUACAGUCUGUCAUGGCUUUUUUACUUGCCUCUCACUUAGCCAAGACUCUGGUUAAAAUGAUACCUUCAUCAAUUUUACCUCUUCUAGUAGUGAGGGAGGGCAAGCAAGGACUGGGGGGGGGUAUCUUGAGUUCACAAACAACAAUGGUGCGUUUCACGAGUCACAAAACAAAAUUUACGUUUUUACACUUAUUAAAAAUAGGGGUUGUACAAAGUAUCAAAAAUGCUACAUUAGUCCCAUUUUGUAAAACAGAGUGCUUGGAUUAUGUUGUGUGGUUCCAGAAAAUAUCCAGACCCCCACCACAGAGGGAAUUGGAAAUUCCAGGGGGGUGGGGGGAUCAGAGGCCCAGGAAAUUCCAGAAGGGAGGGGGGUUGGACCAUAAAAUCACUUUCCAGAGGGUAUUUCCUUUUCGACCUGAGUUCGAACGUUGCUUCUUACCGACCUGGUAGAUCAUUUUCAGGACAUAAAUAACUUGAAAUAUAUCACUUAAGAUUGUUCCUUUUGAUCUUAACCAGGUUUCCUCUCUUCCAAAAGUAUUUUGGAUGUAAUUUCAAAGGAAUUAGACCGACUACAACUCGUUUUAUCGCAUCGUCGUGUACUAGGGCGCCACUACUCGUUACCAGUCUUCCUUAAAACAUCAACGCGUGCAACACAUCACGCAACACAUCUCGUUGCAUCAGUUGAUUGAUAGAUCAGAAGAGUGGCAAUUUUGCCUCACGAAGCUCAAGCUAUAAUUGUAACCAUUUUAGAAUGUAGAGUUUUUAUUCUCCUUUUCAUUUUCCCUUAAUUUUGUGGUUGAACGUGUGGCAUGUUCAUGAUCGAAUUCUCGCUGAAAUGGUGUCGAUUUCACCAAACACUUACUCCAGUAUACUGCCAUUGCGCAUCACGUCGCAUCAGUCGAUCGAAAAACAGUAAAUUGAACUUGGUUUCCCUUCAAGUACCUUCAAGAUGCAGGGGGUAUCCAUUGUUAUCAUUUCAGAAUUCAGAGUUUUUAUUCUCCUCUUUGUUUUGCAUUAAUUUUGUGGUCGUAAGUUUGACUUGUUCUACAUUCCCGUACGAAAUUGAUUCUAUCAACAUUACGCCCUUGAGGCGAAUAACAAAUCGUAAGCUUGCCCUGAGUAAGGUAAAUUCACAAAUAUAACCGACUUAUUAACUUUCUCUGUUUCAUUUAAAGUAAGAGAUGAGCAAAAAUUACAGAUCAGGUUACUUUGUGGUGGUGUAGUGUGUUUUAAUGUUGCGAGAUCACUCAAAUAAAUGGAAACUGAAGCAUACAAGCUUCUGAUGGAAACCGUUGAGUACUAACCAUAAGUUGCCUCAUUCUUCUACUUUAAUAGUCUUUCUUCGUGAAAAUGAACUUUUCUGGAGGGGUUGGGGAGUCUUUGUCACACUUGUGGAAAUUCCGAAGGGGUGGGGGGUCAUCUGUUCCCUGCAAAAAUGGAAAAUCCAGGGAGGUGGGGGGGUCCUAGGUGAAAUUCCCUCCGUGGUGGGGGUCUGGAUAUUUUCUGGAACUAAACAUUUUAGCACGUUAACUAAAGUUUUACGAACCUUAUGAAAAACACUACACAGCUAUAAAUUCCCAAGGGAAGCCAGCUGUAAUUGGGUCUUAGCACACUGACUUGAAAGUGAAGUUAAAUCAAGCCACCAGAUGCUAGUCAAGUCGUUUGGCCGAAUAAAUGAUUUAUUUUCUUUGACUGAUGUUCAAUGUAUGUGUAAACAAAAAUUAUCGAGAAUUUUGGUAGUUCAGGUUUCAUGGACUGCACUGCAAUCACAAUUCAUGGAACAGUAUUUCAGUAUAUCACAAUUCACGGACACCAGAAAUGCUCGUUCACGACGUCACAAAAAUAAGUCCCCCCCCCCUGUCAGUGGUCCUCCUUACACCAACCCAUUACAUCAACCCAUCUCUAACUGAAAUGCUGCUGAGACUACAUGAUUCAUUUCCAGUUCUCUCUGUAUCUUCAAUCAUAGCCUGCAUUUUUUUAAGGUGAAGGAAGAAAAUCUUGAGGACACACGAGUGGAGAAAAGGAAAGGGGGCGACUGCCGCAGAGACCUUGGCUUUUAAUUUACGCCUGCAAUGUAUUAAUGUGACAGCGCUGCAUCAACUGACAAAAAAAUGAUUGAAAGCAGAUCAUCUAACGACAUGAAACCAACAAUAGACCCAAAUGGAAAAAUAACCUUGUGUAUACUAUUUUGGUUAUGUUAGCCUGCGCCACAGACGAAACUAAACUCUGGUAAAGUCUGAGGUUAAAUUAAUACGUCUGCGACGCAGGCUAGGUUAUAUCUGCAUAAAGCAAACGAUUCAAUUUUAAAUUCGGGGCAAACAUGAUGAGCAGGCUUACCUAAGUCAUCCCGGCGUGCAGGCUUUUGUCAACAACAGACACUGCUAUAUUUGUGUUGAAAAAUGAUGAUGAUUUUGAUGCAAUACAUCAAUCUUUUGACCAUUGCCGCUAAUGACUAUCACCUACUUAUGAUGAUGAUGAUGAUGAUGAUAGUAAAAGUGCCUUGUUACAAUAUUAUAUAUUGAUAACUGCUACAUGUACUUUGUCUGAUUUGUCUAUUUUAUUGUAGAUUUAGAAUCAGGAGCUCACAAGGACAAAAAGCUUUUCACUCCUGGACCACUUGGUGUAAGCUUUGAUACAAAGCGAUCCAUGCUACGAGACCUUGGUUCACGUGACAUUGAGUUCAUAGGCGUUGUAAAAUCCAUUCGUUCAAGGCUUUUAGAAAUUGCUGGUGUUUCUCCCAAAGAAUACACAACAGUUUUACUUCAAGGGAGUGGAACUUAUGCAGUGGAGGCUGUUCUUACAACAACAACACCAAGAGAUGGAGGGAAGGUCCUCAUUAUUGAAAAUGGUUCCUAUGGAAAGAGAAUGGCAAAGAUCUGUGAGGUUGCUGGAAUUGAAACGGUAUGAAUACAACAGUACCUGUAGUUUGCACUAACUUAAAGUUUUUUCAGUGUAUAGUUUCUGGAAUCAAGAAGAAUUCUUGUGACAAUCUUCUAUACUGUCCUUCCACUCUCUGCUUAUUAAACAAGUUUUUUGUUGGGCGCACACUGUAAACACAUAAAAGUGCGUCUAUAUUUUUAUCCAUUAAACCAGGCAAUUGUCGAGAGUUAUACAUACAUGCAGGGUGAAUUUCAUGGUUUCAAAAUAGUAAGAUUUCUUUAGAUUGAUGCUUAAUCCAUUUUAACAUUUUGGUCAAUAUUUUGAAAACUAGAUUUGUGCUUAGUUAGCUUUCUGUGAUAAGUGCAGUGUAAUUAUUUUAAAUGAUCACAAAAUUAUAACUUUCUUUAGUUGUGCUGAUUUUUAUUUCUAUUAUUAGAGCAGUCAGAAAAAUCUCUUGAAGUUUUUAGCUGUUACAAUAUUUUAUCAUGAAAAUGAAUAAAUAUUGUUUAUUCCGGUUUCUAAAUUUACACUUACCAGCUGAUUGAACAAAAAUUACCUCAUUAGAAAUAUGGCUGAAGAGAAGGUGUCUUUAAUGUUCAGCUAUCUUGCAUCAAUUGCUGAAGGCAACAUGGCUGUAUCCUGUUUAGAAUAGAAGACAGGAAGCAAAUCACAGUGAUUUUAAAAAGACCACAAUGUUUGUAAUGUUUAAGACUUGCAUUCUUGUCAGUUCCAUUAUAAUCCUUUUUCAAUUGAGUGAGAAUUACAAAACAUACCUUCUGCCUUGUGGUACCCUGUGAGCAGAGACUACAUUUUCGUUGUAUGAGCUGGCAUGCAAAAAGUAGCCUUGUGGAAAAUUGUACAUGUAAAUUAAUUAUAAAACCCCAGCAUUUUUGUUUCCUUUCUGUCCAGGUUGUCUUGAAUGGAGAGGAAAAUGCGAAGGCAGACUUGGCUAAAGUCGAGGAAAUCUUGAAGAGUGACAAAUCCAUCACCAAUGUUGCUAUGGUGCACUGCGAGACUUCUACAGGGGUCAUUCAUCCAGUGGGAGCAGUAGGCAAACUUGUCAAAGAACAUGCUCCAAGUGCAUCCUUCUUUGUCGAUGCUAUGAGCAGCUUUGGAGCAGUUCCUCUUAAUUUAGACUUAGCCAACAUUGACUUUAUGGUCAGCUCUGCAAACAAGUGUAUAGAAGGUGUACCUGGCUUUUCAUUUGUGAUUGGGCACAUUGAGUCAUUGAAUCGGUGCAAAGGAUGGGCCCGCAGUCUUUCUCUUGACAUUGUGGACCAGUAUGAGGGUUUGGAGAAGAAUGGUCAGUUUAGGUUCACUCCAGCUACUCAUGCCAUGCUUGCUUUUCGCCGCGCUCUGUCAGAGUUCAAAGCUGAAGGUGGUGUUGAUGGAAGGGCAAACAGGUGAGAGAGUUAUAACCUUUUGUGAGUUUUAUUUUAAGUUUAACAACUGUGAACGGCAUGCUGUGUCAUCUGCAACAGCUGUUAACAGAUCAUCCUAGUCACUAUAUAAGGUUUUAAGGUAAAGUUUCCUAUUUUGCCAUUUAACUCAUAACAGUCCUGAUCAUCCUAACUGAAAACACAAAUUGAACCCCUAAGUGAGACGAUAAGCAUCCCUGUCUCUUUCCUGUGGGAUUCCCCCCUGCCCUGCUAGGUGUCUAACCCAUGAAGAAUUGCCUAUGUGCUCCACAAAUUAGCAAAACAGUAGCACCCCUCUUCAAGAAUGCCUCUUGUUUGAAUAAGUGUCCCCCCCUUGACCCACAGGGGCAUAGCUCGGAGUGAUCCUGGGGUGCCCAUGACUUCCCCCCCCCUUUUGUGGGAUCAUUGUUUCAUGUCCCUAUAAUUCAGGUGGCCAAAACGCAUGAAUCUGAAGAAUGAACAUGCAGUAAAUCUUUCCCAUUACUUAAUACAUUUGCAGGACCUAACAUCUGCAGUGGACCAUGUUCUUGUUCAUAACUAAAAUAGAGUAAUUUAUGCUACAUGGAACUUAAUUAACCUACAUGUAUGCAGCUAUUUUGUAGGCUUGUCCCUCCCCCCCCCAUGCUCACUGCUCAUCCAAAAAAAGUGUCACUUUAAGUAAAACACGGCAUGGAUGUUGACAUGCUUUUCGUGUAAGUGCCCUGGGUGUGACAUGUGUGACUCCCCCUUUGAAAAAUUCAGCUAUGCCCCUGACCCUGGAUGCUAAAUUCACCAUUUACUGCAUUUCUCUGUUAUUGACUUUGAGAGCAAAUGGGUUAAUUUACUUUAAUUUGAAACUUGCAUUUGUAGAUACAUGGAAAACUGCCAUGUCCUUCAAGAUGGAAUGAGAAAACUCGGCUUUAAGAAGUUUUUAGAUGACACCCACGAAGGCUACAUCAUAACAUCCUACUACAACCCCACCCACCCUAAUUAUAACUUUGAGGAGUUCUACAGUCGCUUAAACAGUAGGGACCAAGUUAUCUACCCUGGAAAAGUAAGCAAUGCAGACUGCUUUAGGAUUGGCAACAUUGGAAAAUUGUACCCUGAAGACAUGGAGCAUUUGCUUGAGUGUAUAAAAGAGGUCUUGGCUGAGAUGAACGUAUCUGUUCCAUUGCACGAUGAGUAGAUGGUUUCAUGAGUGACUGAAACCCUAUUUUGUCAAUAACAAGAUCAAAUAUGUGAUGAAAAAUGAUAAAUAGUAUUAUUGAUAGAGAUCAAGAUCAUGCGAAUAAAAUUAUUAAUUAAAAGUAAAGCUGGGGCAAAAAUGUGGGUGGAGAAGAAGUAGCCUGUUGCAACAGGUUAGUGGAAUCAGUAGUUUUAGCCUUACUGAGGUGGGUCUGAUUUCUGUUAGGGUUGUUCAAUAAUUAUAGCCCGCGCUGAAAGCUUUGUGAUGCAAACUUUUCCUUUCUUUCAAGUAACCAUCUUCCUUUUGGAUUCUGGGGCAAGUUGCGUAGAACAUACCACAAUGAGCAUGUGUAAGAUAUUAAAUUUUGAUGAUUGUUUGUGACUUAUGAAUAAUAUCCUAAGAUUACUGAGUGAUUCCUAAGAUUAUGCAUCCAGCUUGUAGCUUAAGUCAAAAUUCUCCAAUAGCCAUUCCUGACCGCACAGCCUGCAAGGAAAGUUAUGCGUGAUAACUGGGAGCUAGUAAAUUUUGCGAUUGCACUUGUGAAUUCUGUUCUUAACUUGCUGACGGACGACUGGGUUUUUUAGGAGGAUUCAAAUUACAGGGCCGGGUUGUUAAAAGCUUGGUUAAGAUAAAUAAAAGCUUGGUUAAGAUAAUACACGGUUAGUGCGACAUUUGAAUUCAGAGA